AUAUGUCAUUAUCAAAUCCACAGAGGUAAUCCAAAUGUCAAAUGCGAAUAAAAAUACGAAAACGAAUGUUUUGUGUAUUUUCGUUUAGGAAAAAUUAAAAUUCGAAAUUUAUCACUUACAUAUUCACUCAUUAGAUUUUUUAUUGAGUUAGAACCGUAAUCUACCCUUCCGGACAUCAUACGAUUUAACAAACAAAUUGUUCUCUUGUCGUUCUUAAGACCUUUGUUAUUGAUUCGGAUUAUUAUUCAAAAAAGUUUGAGACUCUUUUCUUUACCUUUAUCUUUUCAUAUAGCGGACACUGAUAUUUAUCCAUAAUGGCUAAACCACAUUUUACUUUGUCGUGGGACUCUUUCCAGAAUAAUAUGUGUAAUGGUUUAGGAACAUUGCAACAGAAUGAAGAGUUUGUGGAUAUGACAUUAGCCGCAGACGGGCAUUUUGUUAAAGUUCAUCAGAUAGUUCUGUCCUUGGCGAGCCCAUACAUCAAGGAUCUGAUAAAGUCAGCACAGUGUCAGAAGCCAGUGAUAUUCUUAAAUAAAAUCUCAUUUCACACACUAUGUUCAAUAUUAGAGUACAUUUACACUGGUCAGGCUGUUGUGGCCCGAGAACAUAUUUAUGAAGUUAUUGAAGCCGCAAAAGCUCUACACAUCAAAGGUCUUAAGGAGAUGGUUUGUAAUUAUAAAGAGAUUUUAUCAAAUGUGAAAACACCUGGCUGCGCAAGCGGUUCCCAAAAUGCAACUGAAACAUUUAAGAAACGGAAUUCGGAAAAUUCAGACCAUGAAGCUAUGGAUAACUCGAUAGAAUUCUGUGACACAGGCAGCACAGAAGUAACGGAACGUACAAAUGACGUAACUAACAGUGAAUCUCAAACCAGCAAGAGAAAGGAGAAUAGAGUGCAGAAAGCGGUAGAAAAUAAAAAUCCCACGAAACCUGUUGGAUUACCCAACACCGCACAGGUUCAAUACAGCAUAUCAAACCAGGGCAACUUGCAAGUAAUACUGAAUAGAUUUAUUUAUUGUUUGAGAUACACCGGCAAAGACGGAUACAGAAUGUGGCGGUGUUUAGACUAUGGCACCAACAAAUGUAGAGCAGUAGUCAGUACCAAGGACGACGCCAUUUUGAAAAGAACUUCAGUGCACAUACAUCCAUUCCACGACAAGCAAAUUGCCAAAAAAGUACGAGACAAUGCAAUAUUUUCAAUGAUUUCGGAGGCAGCAGAACGCAAUGAUAUAAAAAAGCCAAAAAAAGUGUUUAAAUGUACUUUAAAAAAAUAUUAAAAUGUGUGA